AUGACAUCGGCAACUAUCGGCUUACUGUCCGUCAUCUACAAGCUCUUUACAAGAUUGAUCCUUAAUAGGAUUGAAGAAGUCUUGGAUGAAGGACAGCCAUGUGAGCAAGCAGAGUUUCGAAAAGGAUUCAGCACGCUUGACCACAUUCACACUGUUUCGAAACUCAUCGAGGUAUCACGAGAGUACAAGAUGCCGCUCUGUCUCACCUUCAUCGACUUGAAGGAGGCCUUCGACUCAGUUGAGACGGAAUCGGUCGUGGAAGCCUUGGACAACCAAGGCGUCCCUACUCAAUAUAUAAAGGUACUUCGAGAGUUGUACAGUAACUUCACGAUCGGAAUUUCGCCAUUCUACAAGAACAUCAUCAUUGACGUGAAGAGGAGGGUCCUACAGGGUGAUACAAUCUCACCCAAAAUAUUCACAGCCACCGUCGAAAACGCAAUGCGAAAGUUGGAAUGGGAUGAGAUGGAAGUGAAGAUUGAUGGCCGGCAGCUACACCAUUUGCACUUUGCUGAUGAUAACACCUAG